AUGAAUUUCAUCGUAUGUGUUGUCUCAUCGAGUUUAAGUUUUCACGUCCUAUUCGCUGCUUUUGCGGCACCUCAAGGAUACAACGUCGGUACUCCCUCUGGUGCAGGCCUUACAUCCGGUCCCGGAUCUACUGAUGGUGGUGCAGGAGCGGCCGAGGGAGGCCUCGUCAAUGGAGGAGGUGCAGCGACUGGAUGCCAAGAAGGAGAAGUCCUUCACGUGGAUGGGACAUGUGUAACUCCUGAAGUUACAAGAAAGAUCUACGUAUUUAAUGUCCCAGAACAAGAGAGACCCGUUGGUCCCGCACCUAGUAUUCCUCCUCCAGCAGUUGACCACAACAUCUUGUUCGUGCGCCUUCCCGAGGAAGCACCUGCACCUGACCCCAUCGUACUUCCUCCACCAAGGCAGAACAACAUUGUGUACGUACUAAACAAGCAAGAAGAACAAGCUCAACGAGUGAUCGAAGUACCAGCUCAGCCACAAGCUGAUCCCGAGAUAUAUUUCGUUAACUACCAAGAUGGCGAGAAUCCAACCCUUCCCUUGGGAGUAGACCUUGAAACUGCUCUUAGCGCCGCUGCGACAGCCGGUGGUCAGGUUGUAGGAAGCAUCGAUGGAGCCGGUGGAGAAACUGGAGAUGAUGGAACAGCCGGAUUUGGUGUAGGUGAAUUAGAUGGCGCAGGUGGAAUUACUGGAGAACAUGGAAGUAAUGGUGUUGGGGGUGUAAAUGGACUUGGUGGUGUUAAUGGAGCCAGUGUUAAUGGCGGAGCGGGAGGGUUCCAAAUCGGCUCAGGGGUUAGUCCUGUAGGUCUUUACACCACUCCCUAG